UGAGCGGCAGCUGGUUGUAUAGAUGCUGUGCACUACCAAUACCACAAAAGGAUGACAGAAGAAGUAGAAAUCUUUUUAAGGAACCAUCAGGAUCAGCUAGAAGAACAUAUUCACUUUCCAUGGCAGCAUACCCUCAGAACAUAGAAAAGAAAUCUGAAUGAUUAGAGAGGAGGGACGACCCUGCAGAAAGAACUACCGACAAAGAGCAGGCAAUCACUCAUCAUGACCCAGGAAUACCCUGAGGUGACAACUGAAUUUACCUAUGAUGAAGCAGCUGCAGUUUGUGAUCAAGUAAACAUCCAGGCAUUUGGGAAAGUAUUUCUACCAGCCUUAUAUGCCCCUGUGUUUGUUCUUGGCCUGGUGGGGAAUCUCCUGGUGGUUUUUGCCAUCGUGAAGGGCAGUCGACAGAAGAGCAUCACAGACAUUUUUCUCUUGAACUUGGCUAUCUCGGACCUGCUCUUCGUGAUCUCUCUUCCUUUCUGGGCUUUCUAUGUGAUGCAAGGAUGGACGCUUGGGAACAUUCCAUGCAAAAUCAUCUCCUCACUUUAUUAUGUGGGUUUCUUUGGGGGCAUGUUUUUCAUCACCAUCAUAAGCAUCGAUAGAUACCUGGCCAUAGUUCGGGCAGCAUUUUCUCUGAAAGCCAGAACAGUCAGCCAUGGCUCUCUUACCACUCUUGGAGUGUGGGCGGUAGCUAUUUUAGUCUCAGUGCCACAAUUUGUGUUCACCCAGGAGGCAGAGGAACAAUGCAUCCCUAGGUACCCUGAUGAUCUUAAGGAAAUCUGGCCUAUUUUCUGCAAUGUGGCAAUUAAUGUCUUAGGGUUCCUUAUCCCAGCUUGUGUCAUGACCUAUUGCUAUUUUGGGAUCAUCAGGACAUUGCUCUCCUGCAAAAAUCACAAAAAAAAAAGAGCCAUCAAACUAAUUUUAGUGGUGGUGAUUGUGUUUUUCCUCUUUUGGACCCCAUACAAUGUACUGAUUUUUCUGGAAACUUUAAGACACUAUAAAUUGAUUAACCAAUGCCAUGAAUUUAUAGACUAUGCAAUGCAUGCGACUGAAACACUAGCAUUCAGUCACUGUUGUCUCAAUCCAGUGAUCUAUGCUUUUGCUGGGGAAAAAUUCAGGAAGUACCUUUGUCACUUGUUUCUAAAGUGCUGCUUGUUCCUGUGCCCCUGUGGGCCCUGCCACCGAUACCCGGCUAGCUCUAUAACUACCUCUCCAGAAAGCAUGCUAAGCAGCAACCAGACCCAGAAUACCAGUGACCAGGACGCCUCUGUCCUUCUGUGAAAGGUUUUGUUAGCAUAUCUCUAGAAAUACACCUCCUCCAGGCUUCAGAGUGGUAGCCGUGUUAGUCUGUAUCAGUAAAAACAACGAGGAGUUCUUGUGACACCUUAGAAACUAACACAUUUAUUUGGGCAUAAGCUUUCGUGGUAUAUAACCCACUUCAUCAGAUGCCUGGAGUGGAAAAUACAGUAAGCAGGAAUAAACAUACAGCACAUGAAAAGAUGGGAGUCAAAUAUAACAUGUGAGUGUACCUGAAUGUCAGGUAUUCCUUUUGCUCAACAUUAAUUAUUUUUUAAAAGUACAGCUUCAAUGAUGACAACUGAACAACACGUAAAAACAAUAUUGCAGCGGAAUUAAGAAAAAAAAGAGAAAAACUGCACCAGGAAGAAAUGAAGAAUUUAAGGACAAAUCAUGUGAUAGACAUGUAGACAAUCAAAGUGUGUUUGUGAAUAUAAACAUACCUGUAUGCACACACAUGGAAAAAGGAAAAAGCAACGUCUGUAAAGUCCAUGGUCCAGCUGAUUGAUAGUAAUGGGGAAUAUUUGAUAUACUGUAUAUUGGGUUACUCUUAGAGUCCAGUGUAAACUGAGGAACACCUUUGUUUUUCCAUUCUUUCUGAUCCAGCAGCAUGUUCUUUUAUACUGUAUAUUUGGUUUGAAAGCUCUUUGGGGCAAGAACGUCUUCUUAUGUCUUAUGGGAAGCACCCAGCACAUUUCUAAAGCAGUGUGUAAAGGAUUUUUUUGUUUGUUUCUGGAUUACUUGUUGCUACAAGUAUUUUAUUUGUUAAUG